UGGCUUCACAUUUAACAGAAAAGCAAAAAUUGUACUUUUUUUUACUUGUAUCUCUUGAGAGGCUGAUGGCAAUUUUUAAUAUGAAGAAUGAGAGACAGCUAGACAAAAUAUCAGUCUAGUUUGAUUGCAUGACAAAACAAAAUCGCUCAAGCAGUUGUUCUUGAAGUUUGGGAUUAUAAUAGAAUAAAGCCGAAUUACGUCUUGUACUCAUCUGCACUAUCUACACAGAAGAGACAAACGGUUCGAUUGAAUGAAGACGCUUGUAAUAUUAUAAUCACUAAAACUUUCUGGAUGGGAUAUGACAGGGAAACACGAACUCAUAACAGGAACUUGUGUAAAUGGUUCCAAGAAAGCAUGGCAAGGUGGUUAUCAUUUAAUUUCUCUGCAACAAGAAACUCAAUAAAAGCUGCCUCAAAGUCUACAUUUCUAUAUACAAAAUUGUCCAUACCUCCACGACUCUCACUGUCAGCCGUGAGCUAAAAGUUUGUGGCUGGUGAGUGCUUGGACCUGCAGUUGGUGACUUCAUUGGAAUACAUAAUUUCAAGCAGAUGUAUAGAAGGGAAUGGGGGCUCGAGCAUCGGAACAACUUACUUGCAAAGAAUCUGAAAAUAGUCUGCAAACAAAAUUCAUGGAGGAGGAAAAAGGAGAGAAGAGUCCUGCCCCAGCUUUAUCCGUGCUCCAAAGACUAGACCGCCUCGACCAUUUGCUACAGGUUCUGGAGGAGAGGAAGAGCUCAUCAGCAAGAUUUCCUUCAGGUCUGGUUGUGGAGAAAAUCAGAGCAAAGGAGCAAGAUCAUUGCAAGACCAUAUCAUCUGCAUUAGAGGAAGCUCAUCACAAAGGGACGUUGAUGGAUCGAGUGGCAAUGCUCGAGGACCGAGUCUUACAGUUGAGCCUAGAGAUCGGAGUUGGAAACGUUUCAAAGUCAAGCUAUUCUGUCGUCCAGACAACAGCUGAAAAUGUCAAUCAGCACACUCCGGAAUUGGCUGUGGUAGCCACAGAGAGUGUGGAUUCGAAGGAACAUGGACGAGAGAACCCACAUCCAUUCUCAACACAAGAAAAGGACUGCGCAGAUGCAGAAGCAUGUGUUGAGAAGACAAAAACAGCGGGAAGCCACAAAGGCAAGAGGCGGUCGAUGCUGAGGAGAAGUAAAUGGCUUUGUGUGGUGGUCUAGAGUGGGAUGUUGAUUCUCUCUCUGCGCAAAAUCGCCUGAAUUCUGAAAAUUGAACAACUUUUAAUGUGCCCAAUUUUCCUUUUCCUGGGUAUGCUCAAUAAGGACACUUUCAACAGUGCAGCUCCUUUUGCCUUUUUCUAUUCAAAUUCAUGGCUACAGUUUUAACA